GGUUGGGGAGGCUGGGGAGGAAACCCGUUGGUGGCUGCGUCAUGGCGCGACUGCUGCGAGCGCUGCGGGCUCUGCCUUUGCUGCAGGCGCCUGGGCCGCUGGCUCGGGGUUGCGCGGGAUCGGGAAGCAGGGACACAGGGUCUCUAACAAAGUCCAAGCGCGCUCUGAGCGAAGCGGACUGGCAGAAGAAACUGACCCCUGAACAGUUCCAUGUCACCAGAGAGAAAGGAACUGAAGCGCCUUUCAGUGGAAUGUAUUUGAACAACAAGGAGACAGGGAUGUACCAUUGUGUGUGCUGUGAUAGCCCACUCUUCAGUUCUGAGAAGAAGUACUUUUCUGGCACUGGCUGGCCUUCAUUUUCUGAGGCUCACGGCACAAAAGGCUCAGAUGAAAGUCACUCAGGGAUCCUGAGACGACUGGACACUUCCUUAGGAUGUCCUCGCAUGGAGGUGGUCUGCAAGCAGUGUGAAGCUCACCUGGGCCAUGUGUUUCCUGAUGGACCCAAGCCCACUGGCCAAAGGUUUUGCAUCAACAGUGUGGCCCUGAAGUUCAAACCCAGCAAGCCCUGACUGUUUGCAGAAGGCCUGUGCUGUGCCCUUCCUUGUGGAGCCUUGGACCUGUAACUCAGGUAGAUGCCUUGCUUUAUUUAGGUGAAGGUUGAUACUGACCACAGGGGAGUCACAGCUUCUUAGUCACCUGAAAGCAACUCAACCUGACUUCCACUUGGGCCAUGGGAUUUCAACUAACUGCCAAGGCUUUGGGUGAGACCACAGGGUGGGACCCAGGCAGGACUUCCACAGGUUCAUGGGCUGACGAGGGUCCCUAAAGCCCCUGAAGGGAACCUGUUAUGGACAUCUCUGUUCAUUUCUUCAUGGAUGUACACAGAUGAGGGCUCAAGGGGAAGAGAAAGGAAGAGAUGGGCUGGAACAGAUGAGAGAUCCCAGCGUUGAAGAGGAGGACAGAGUGGCUGAGCAUGGGACACACAUACCCAUGAUGAUAUAAUGGAUGAGACUUGUGGCUUCUUACCCAAAACUCCUCUGACUCAGCCUUACAACUCACAGCUGGGAUCCAUGUGAAUUGAGAAUGCUCUCUUUUUCUUUGUUACAGCACUAAACUUCAAAUAUUCAAAUAAAGUAUUGAGAUCAAUGUUUA